AAUUAUUAAGAAAAAAUGGUCAGCGAGAUCAGGCACCUGAACAGCAUUCAGUUUGGAAGUUUUUCUUCCACAGUCAGCAGUGAUGCUGUCAUACUUGUAGCAGAGAUGUUGAAAGUAUUUGUUGAAGAGGCGGCACGCAGAGCUGUAAAACAGGCCGACAGUGAGGACUGUGACACUGUUGAUAUUGAACACUUUGAAAAGAUUCUGCCACAACUGCUUCUUGACUUUUAAUUUUGCUGAGGAGCCAGCAGAUGGCAACAUAACCUAGUUCUGCUGAACAUGAACAUCCUGGACUUCACUUUGAAUAUU